CUCUGCUCACACGCACCCUCCACUCCAUGGUGUUUCAGCGCGUCAUGACGCACUGUGUCUACUCAGUCCAGCGCGUCCGGCCGGUGCUAGAAAAAAAUAUGUUGUAACUUUCGAUGCAUGAGAGUUUGAGGUUUCCAGACGCUGAUGAGUCUUCAGAGCAAAUUCUGUGUCAUCAUGGCUUCGGAUCAAGAAAAUAACAGAGGGCGAAUGAAACAGCUUUUGGAGAAACCUGGGAAUGGAGAGUGUGCCGACUGCGGAGCUGCAGACCCAGAGUGGGCCUCCUAUACCCUGGGUGUGUUUGUGUGUCACAGCUGCUCAGGCCUCCACAGAAACAUUGCUCAGAUCAGCAAGGUGAAGUCUCUCCUGCUGGAUCCCUGGAGCUCCUCAGAGGUGGAGUUUAUGGACUCUACUGGUAACAAUGCUGCCAAGGCCAAAUAUGAGAAGCUAGUUCCUGCUUUCUAUUACCAACCCACACACAAAGACUGCAUGCUCCUGCGGGAACAAUGGAUUCGAGCCAAGUACGAGAGGAAGGAGUUUCUUUGUGUGGAUAGGCAGGAGCCCUACUCUGCAGGAUACAGAGAGGGGUUCCUAUGGAAACGAGGCAGAGACAAUGGACAGUACCUCAGCCGAAAAUUCAUUCUGUCCGAACGGGAGGGUGUUCUGAAGUACUUCAACAAGCAUGAUGCCAGAGAGCCCAAAGCGAUAAUGAAGAUGAAUACUGUGAACGCCACGUUCCAGCCGGCUAAAAUUGGCACAGCUCAUGGCCUGCAGAUAACCUAUCUGAAGGACAACAGCACCAGGAAUGUCUUUGUUUACCACGAGGAUGGAAAGGAAAUGGUGGACUGGUUCAACGCCAUCAGAGCAGCCAGGUUUCAUUACCUGCAGGUGGCUUUUCCUGGGGCUCCCCAGUCUGAUUUGUUGCCGACGCUAACCAGGAACUACACAAAGGAGGGUUACAUGGAGAAGACUGGUCCAAAGCACAGGGAGGGAUUCAAGAAGAGGUGGUUUACGCUGGACGACAGGAGGCUCAUGUACUUCAAAGAUCCACUGGACGCUUAUGCACGAGGCGAGGUGUUCAUUGGCAGUAAGGAGAACGGCUACAGUCUGCUUCCUGAGCUCCCUGCUAACACUCAGGGCUACCACUGGCAGUUUGGAAUUACCAUAUUGACCCCGGAGAGGAAUUUCCUUUUUGCAUGUGAGACUGAGAAGGAUCAGAAGGACUGGACGGUUGUAUUUCAGACGGUUAUCAACAGACCAAUGUUGCCUCAGGAGUAUGCAGUUGAGGCCUAUUUUAAACACAAACCAUGACUCUUGUAGUCUUUGAGGAACUUUUGGUGCAGGAUGAGAAGCAAGAAGUGGAGUCUGAAGAAGAAAAUGACCAGAGAGGCAUCUGUACUUUACAUCUCUAAAUAGGUCUUAUAGAAUGAAGGGGGACAGUGUGAUUAUCAUUCCCACAAUUACGUCUUUUACUCAACGUGUCAUCCUGCUUCAUUUCACUUACAUUAGACCCAUUUCUUAGUGAAUCAGAAUCUGAGCGGAAUCGGCCUAAAUCUCAUUUGUCAUUGUAACUCACAUAAUUGAAGGGAGCAGUCAUCCUCACCUGAAUAUGCCAAAAAUGAUGUGUGUAUAUGUAUGUAAUGUAUGUUUGCCUUUUGUGUAGGAAUCAGAACUGUUGCUGCUCAGACUUGAACAGAUUUAAAUGUGGUGCUUUCUAGUCUUGUAAUAACAGUAUGAGUAUUUGUCGUGACUUUCAACAAAGAGUACAAGCUAGGCCAUCAGGUCAGUUAUACGCAGAAUAAAAACAAUCUGACACAGGAUUGAAAAGUCAGUAGGAAAUAACAAUACUAUUACUCAUGUUUAUUUCCAUGUAGGAGUAUAAUAUUUAUUUUGUUGUAUUUAUUUGUCUAAUUUGCUAUCUGCAGCUUUUAAUGAUAUGAUGCCAGGCAUUGCAGGUACAAUUAAUUUUUUAAAACUUUUAAUACACAUUCAAACAGCUGCAUGUAUAUGUAUGGUAUACAAUUUAUUUGGCUUGCAUUCCCAUUCCUUCUUUUGUACAACCAACAAAUUAAGAUUAUUUCAUAUCAAGGUUAUUUAUCCACUAGAGGGAGACAAAGGAAUCUUAAACUUGUGAUUUAACCCACAGCAACCACACUCUGUACACGUAAAAAAACAAAACAGGUGUGCAUGUUAAAUAUAUUUCAUACAAUGACUCAAAAGAAAGGCCUGAAGAUGCUUCUGAGCAGCGAUGAACAAUGUGAGUGUGCAUCCAUUGUGCACAAGUGUCAGCCAAGACGAAGACCAAGUUCCAUUUUGUUCUGUAACUCACGCUCUGAACACACUGAAGUCACGUAAGAGGAUUUGUGUCGGUGAAUGUGAAAUAUACUCAUGAUUAAAAAGGUUUGAAGCCACA